CACACACGGGCGGCCGCGCGCGACACCCCGCAGGCUCCGAGACGGGCCCCGCCUGGGGGUGCCGGCCGGGCUCCGAGGGGCCCUCGCUCGCAGCGCGGUCCUCGGCCGCGGGACAGCCCGGCACCUUCGCUGCGGUGCCGGGACGUGCAGGGGACGGCCCUGCAGGCUGCGCAGCGAGCCGCGGGAGAGGGGGGCAGCGUUACCGGUGGUGCCCGUUUUAUGUUGCAGGGGAGGCGGCGCAGCUGCUGAGGGCGAGAUGAAGCUGAGCAGCGAGGCGCUGCCCGAGAGGCGCAGCCCCGAGCCUGUCCUGCAGACCAUCUCCAGGACCUUCAGCGACUCCGAGCUGAACAAGCAGCAAGGGGCGGAGAUAGCAGGGAACUAUAGCCAUACCGCUUUGUUUGCAAGGGCAGAGGAGCUGUUGGCGAAGAGGAUCAUAGAUGGAGAUCCUCUGGCAUAUUUUCUACAAGGGCAGCUGUACUUUGAAGAGGGGUGGUAUGACGAAGCACUUGCACAAUUUGAAAAAAUUAAGGAGACGGAUUUUCAAGCUCUGUAUCAGCUGGGUGUAAUGUAUUAUGAUGGAUUGGGGACCAAAGAAGACCCAGAAAAAGGAGUGGAGUAUAUGAAAAUAAUCAUCAACUCUAACUCCCCUAAAGCAAGACAUUUAAAAUAUGCUGCUGCAUACAAUCUUGGCAGAUCUUAUUUUGAAGGAUGUGGUGUUAAGCAUUCAGAUAAAGAAGCUGAAAGGCUGUGGAUUAUAGCUGCAGACCAUGGGAAUCCAAAGGCAAGUGUAAAGGCUCAAAGUACCCUGGGAAUGUUUUAUUCUACAUCAAAUCCAAAAGAUCUGAAAAAGCGGCACUUCGGCGGCAGCUCGAAGAGGAGGAGAGGCAAUGAGGGACCCGCCGCUGAAUUGCCACCCAAGACCCGAAUGUGCCACCCCGAUCAGGAACAGAGUGAUGCCCCUUUCUAUUGGCCACCCCACGCACCUGCUUCCUUAGCUGGUGCCUGGAGCCGGCCCUGCAUUGGCAUUUUUCUGGCAUUCAGAAGCUUGUGGCAAUGGAAGUCUGGAGUCACAGGGUAUACUUGGUGUUAUGUAUCUCUAUGGACAAGGCAUACGUCAAAAUACAAAGGCUGCUUUGGAGUGCCUGAAGGAAGCAGCAGAACGUGGAAAUAUCUAUGCUCAAGGCCAUCUUGUGGAGUAUUACUACAAAAGAAAAUUUUACACAAAAGCUGCUGCAUUUGCCAGAAGGCAUGCCUCCUGGAUCCUGAUGUAGCUUCCGACCUUGAAUUGGCAGCUAAUCAUGGGAGAAUUUAGAACAUUUCACAUUUAGGCAAAUCCCAGCUGCUUCCAAUGCUGUAUAAUGUGUUUCACAUAGUAGGCAAUGUUUAUCCUUAGCAGCUAGGUAGAUAACCACUUAUUUCUUUGUUUUUUUCAGCUUUCUAUAAAUCAUGAGAAGUAUGCAUUUUUUUGUUGAUUAGAACAAAGAACAUUUUGCUGACAGUGAUAUUUUGUUCACAACCCUUACUUUACUUACACAUUGUAGAGACAGAUUAUCUUCCUUUUUUCAUUAUACAGAAGGCUUAAUCAUCAUGAACUGGGCACUUUACUGACAUAAUCCACCUGCGUUUCUUACUUCAACUCUGCUCUAGAUGGUAUACAAAUCAAACUAAAAUCAACUUGUUAAAAGAAA